CCGGCGCCGAAACGCGUAUUUUUACAUGCCGCUGGAUUUUUAGUUGGAAAAUCGGAUAAAAGCAGCAUGAUUCUGGAUACGCUCUACACUUCGGUGGCCUGCAACCGAACGCCGGACUCGCUGGACUGGAGUGACGAUGGGUUGAUUUAUUUCGGAGCCAAAAAUGCCAUCGCCGUUCUCGAUGUGCAACACGAAGCCGUCAAAAUCGUACGCACACUUACCGGCCACAAGGCACGAGUGAACUGCGUGCGCGCGGUACGCAACGCGGACCAUCUUGGAGUUCAGCUCGUAUCCGGUUCCGAUGAUGGUACGUGCAUCCUCUGGAAUACGGCCGAUACGGCGAAACAGGCGGCAAAGUUUAUGCUCAUCGGUCACCCGAAGGGUGUAACGACGGUGGAAGCAUUCGUGGAGCAGCCCGCCGGUCAGUUGAUCGUAGCUACAGGAUCGGUAGACAGUACAAUCAAGUUGUGGCGCGCCGAAAGCGACACCCGGUUCGGUUGCUUCCAAACGAUCGAUUUACGAUCCGGUCUUACGUUCGGUUUGAAACUGUUUGCACUCGCACAAUCGAACGUGACGAUGCUGGCGUACAGCACCGACACGGAUACCGUUAAUUUAUGCGUCGAAUCGAUGCAAGGCGACACUGGACGGUGCUUCGUGCAGGUCGAACAGCUGAAAGGACAUUGCGAUUGGGUUCGUGGUUUGGAUUGCAUUCAACUGCCGGGUAGUGAGGACUUACUGCUGGCUAGUUGCUCCCAGGACAGCUUCAUCCGUCUGUGGCGCAUAUCACCCCGGGAUACGCUACAAAAGCAGAAAGCUUACGAAGAGAUCGCUCAAGAUGAGGACAUACAGCUGGAGGAACGGACGUUCAGUGUUGGUUCAACGGGCGACGGAAGCGUGUUCCAUUAUGCACUCUCACUCGAGUCCGUGCUUCAGGGUCACGAGGGUUGGGUGUACGGUGUACACUUUUGCCUGCGGAAUGGCCACGAGCUGCAUCUGCUCUCGAGUUCGAUCGAUAAGACGCUCAUCGGUUGGAAACCAUCGGAGAGUGGCGUUUGGAUGGAGAGUGUACGGGUUGGUGAGGUGGGCGGUUCAUCGCUCGGAUUUUAUGGAGGCAAGUUCUCGCCCGAUGGACGUGCCAUCAUUGGUCACGGGUUUCAGGGAAGCCUACACUUGUGGCGAAGUGAAGAUGAAUCAUCGGGCAGUACGGCAGGGGGACUGUGGAAUCCGGGCAUCAUUGUUGGAGGACACUUUGGUGGCGCAAGAGAUCUGGCUUGGGAUCCUGUUGGUGGUGCGUUCCUGGUGACACUCUCGGAAGAUCAAACCACUCGAGUGCACGCACCGUGGAGACGCCGUGGUCCAGGAGUGGACGGAGAGCAACUCGAAACGUGGCACGAAAUCGCACGACCACAGGUGCACGGUUACGAUAUGCAGUGUUUAACGUUGCUGUCACGAUACCGAUUGGCCAGUGCGGCCGAGGAGAAAAUCAUUCGCAUCUUCCAGGCACCCUCGAACUUUGUGCACAACUUUAGGGCACUCUGUGGCAUCAGCGAAGACCCAGAGGGUGAUGCCAUCGUGGAAGGUAAUCCGAUGGGUGCAUCGGUGCCUUCGUUGGGACUUUCCAAUAAAGCCGUUUUUGAAGUGGAGCAACCGGAAACCGAAGGGCGCCACAUUAAGGAUAUGUAUCCAGAGCAUUACUUCAGCCCUGUGUCGAUGGACCGUCCACCGGCCGAGGAAACGUUGAUGCAAAACACGCUCUGGCCUGAGAUACAGAAACUGUACGGACAUGGUAACGAGCUGUAUGCGGUCUCUGCUUCCCCGGACGGAACAUUGCUGGCAUCCGCUUGCCGAGCGACAUCGGCCGAUCACGCACAGAUCCUGAUAUGGGAUACUGCAACCUGGCGCAUCACACAGCAACUGGCCGCCCAUCAACUGACCGUGACACAGCUUUGCUUUGCACCGAACAAUCUCGCCCUGUUGGCCGUUUCACGCGAUCGAACGUUUUCCGUUUUCGAACGAUUGACGACGACCGGGGAAUCGAGUAGCUUUGAGCUGAAAAUGCGCUCCGACAAGACGAACGGUGUGCACACGAGAAUCAUCUGGUGCUGCGAUUGGUCCCACGAUUCGGUCACAUUUGCCACCGGAUCUCGAGAUGGGAAGGUGGUGGCGUGGAAAAGGAAUGAUACGCCCGGCACCGGUACAUGGUUUUUGCCCGGAGCGGUACUGGAAUUAAAGAGUGAAUCGAUUACGGCGGUUGCAUUCGCUCGGCGAAUGGUAGCGAACGGAUGCUAUCUCGUGGCGAUCGGAUGUGAGCGAGGCUGCAUAAAGCUGUAUGCGCUAGGUGAAUGGAAUCUGCUGAUGAACAUCGAAGAAUCGAAUGCCCACCAUCUAACGGUGAAACGCCUAUCAUUCCGACCGGCCGUUGAGGAUCAUCAGUUGGCUAGCUGCGGGGACGAUGGGCUAGUUAGGGUUUAUUCUGUUAAAGUUUGAAAGACACCACGGAUGGUCUA